AUGUCGAAGCUGCAUUGGGAAAUGUCAAAAGUCGACAGUAAUCUUAUAUCCCUAUGCUUUUUGAAAAGUAUUCUCCACGACAUUCAAAUUGGAAUAAAGGUGAACGCUCGCCAUCAUGACCAGGAGUUGAAGAUCAUCGGAGAAUAUGGUCUCCGCAACAAGCGUGAGGUGUGGAGGGUUAAAUACACACUCGCCCGCAUCCGGAAAGCUGCCAGAGAACUCCUGACCCUCGAGGAGAAAGACCCCAAGCGCCUGUUUGAAGGUAAUGCACUGCUUCGUCGUCUGGUGAGGAUUGGUGUGCUGGAUGAAAAGCAGAUGAAGUUGGAUUAUGUACUUGGUCUUAAAAUUGAGGACUUUUUGGAGCGUCGUCUGCAGACCCAGGUCUUCAAGGCUGGACUGGCCAAAUCUAUCCAUCAUGCCCGUAUUCUGAUCAGGCAAAGGCAUAUUCGUGUGCGAAAGCAGGUGGUGAACAUCCCGUCGUUCGUGGUGCGGCUGGACUCUGGCAAGCACAUCGACUUCUCCUUGAAGUCCCCGUUCGGCGGCGGCAGGCCGGGCCGCGUCAAGCGCAAGAACCUGCGCAAGGGCCAGCCCGGCGGCGCCGCCAACGACGACGAGGAGGAU